AUGGGCUCCGAUCCUCAAUACGCGAAAUGGCCUCUGCUGCCCCUCGCUCAGCAUGUCUUCACCCUCACAAACCCCUACGCCACCCGCCCUGCCCAACAAACGGCCGUCAAGAACCUUCAAGAUGCUAUUACCGAGCACAAGAUGGCUCCCUUCUACCGAUACCUCGCGCACCCUACCGAGGGUGUCCUUAACUCUGUUGGGGAAGGCAGCUCCAACACGGCCGCUGCUGGAAAGCUGGGUAGGAAGAGCAGCAUCGCCGCCGGCAUGAUCGCAACCCACAACCCCACCACAAGCUUAAGCCUACCGUGGGAUGAGAACCUGUACCAGCAGCUGCAGGCCGAGAACGAGAAGGAGCUCCAGGAGUUCCAAAAAGAGGAGGACGAGGCUGUUGAGAAGGCGGGAGACACAGAGAUUCAGGCUGCCAAGGGGAAGAGGGCCGAGUUCUGGGCCCGAGUUGGUGAUAAGGAAAAAGCCAUCGCUGCGCACCAAGAUCUGCUCGAGAAGACGGGCAUCCUAGGCACCAAGAUCGAUCUCGUCCUCGCCACAAUCCGCCUCGGCCUCUUCUUCGGCGACAAGCAGCUAGUCCAGAAGACGGUCGAGCGCGCCAAGUCGCUCGUCGAGUCCGGCGGCGACUGGGACCGUCGCAACCGCCUCAAGGCCUACGAGGGUCUGCACCUGCUCACCGUGCGCAACUACAGCGGCGCCGCCCCCCUGCUCCUCGACAGCUUGUCCACCUUCACCUCGUACGAGCUCUGCACCUACAGCAACCUGGUGGUCUACGCCGUUCUCGCCGGUUCCGUCUCGCUCAAGCGCGUCGACUUCAAGUCCAAGGUCGUGGACGCCCCCGAGAUCAAGGCGAUCCUCGGCGACGGCGAGGACAAGCUGCUCGCGCUGACCGGCGCAAUCUCGGCCGGUCCGGGCGCCGACGCCUCAAUGCAGGAUGCCGACAGCGCGCCCGUGGCGGCCCGUACGGCCGUGGUCAAUCUAACCACUCUCGGUAGCAGCACGGAGCAGCCCGAGGCGGAGAUGGCGGUCGACUUUGACCCGCUCGCGCAGCUGGUCAGCAGCUUGUACAACGGCCGGUACAAGCUUUUCUUCCAGGCGCUGGCCCUGGUGGAGGAGCAGUUCCUCACCCAGGACCGCUACCUGCACGAGCACAAGAACUGGUUCAUCCGCGAGAUGCGCCUGCGCGCGUACCAGCAGCUGUUGCAGAGCUAUCGCGUUGUGGGACUGGAUAGCAUGGCCAAUGACUUUGGUGUUACGGUGGAUUUCUUGGAUCGGGAUCUAGCAAAGUUCAUCGCCGCCGGCCGCAUCCCCUGCACCAUCGACCGCGUCAACGGCAAGGGCGUCAUUGAGACCAACAGGCCCGACGACAAGAACAAGCAGUACCAGGACGUAGUCCGCCAGGGUGACCAGUUGAUCACCAAGCUGCAGAAGUACGGACAGGCCGUUCGGUUGAGGGGAAGUGAAAGGGCGUAA